AAGACGUGAUUAUGCUGGUUGAUACAUUUGAAUGGUACAUAAUGCCAUGUGCGAAUCCUGAUGGUUACGAGUAUAGCCAUACUAAAAAUAGACUCUGGCGUAAGACAAGGUCACAUACAAAAUCAAUUAGAGGCUGUAGAGGUGUGGAUCCUAAUCGAAAUUGGAGCUUUAAGUGGAAUAAAGGUGGCGCCAGUAACAGGAAAUGUUCUGAUAUAUAUGCUGGGCCUAAAGCAUUCUCAGAACCUGAAACUAAAGCUAUUUCGGACUUUAUUCUGUCAAAAAACAACAGAGUAAAGUUAUACCUUGAUGUACAUUCUUACGCUCAGAUGUGGCUUACUCCAUGGGGCUGGACGUCACAACUUCCCACAGACUAUAAAGACCAGUACAACCUUGCCAGCAUAGGCACGAAAGCCUUGAAAUCUGUCCAUGGAACUAAUUUCAAUAUAGGAUCAUCUACGAAUCUUCUCUACCGAGCCUCAGGUGGAGCAGACGACUGGGCUUACGGUGUUGCUGGGGUGAAAUAUUCCUACACUGUGGAACUGAGAGACACAGGAAAACACGGUUUUUUCAUUCCUACUAAACAAAUCAUCCCAUCGGGAGAGGAGACUUUUGCCGCUGUAAAAGCUGUAGCAAUUGCCUUGAAAAAUGAACUGUUCAACAAUUAGGUUCAACAUCAGCAUAUUUUAUACUUUCGAAUUUAU